AUGGAAGAUGAGGAGUUUAUAAUAAAAACACCAAUAAAUAAAAAUAAAAGAAGGAAUGUGGUUUUAGAUGAUGAGGAUGACAAUAUAAAUAUAAGUAUAAAUAAUAUUGGUGAUAUAGAUUUAGAUGUUGAAGAUAUUAAAACACCUUCACCAAAAUUUACAAGAAAUAGAUUAAAAAAAAAAGUUUUAGUUUCACCUUCAACCAAAAGUAAUAAUAGUAGUACAAAUAAUAGCCCUGAAAAUAAUAAUAAACAUAUUAUCUCGCCAUUAUCACCAUUGUCACCAAAAGUCAGAAAGGUUUUACAACAAAAAACGGCAUCUCCCAAAAAGAAAUCACCAAUCAAAACACCAAACAAACAAGAAGAGGAAGAAGAUUAUAACUUUAUGAAUAAUGAUGAAGAGAUAUCACAAUAUAAUAAUUAUGAAUUUGAAAAUAACAUUGAUCAACAAGAAGAACAAGAACAAGAACAAGAAGAGUAUUAUAAUGAUGAGGAGGAAAUGAAAGAAAAUAUGGGUACUUUAACAUAUAGCCCAUCAUCAUCAAAUAAAUCAAUCGACGAUAAUGAUACUUCACCAUCAAAACCAACUGUAAAUAAAAAAAGCGCACAAGUGAAAAUUACAAAUAGAAAAACAGUUUCUAGAACUAUCAAAGAUAGGGACGUACUUGCUACCAAUGGCAUUAGAAAGCUUUAUAAGAAUUUAAAGAGCUCUAAAUUUUCAGCAAAGCAUUCGAAUAAAACAAAUUUAGAAUUGUUUUUUGGAAUAUAUAGUAAAUGGUCAAAAGAAAUUAAUCCAGCGAUUUCAAUAGAGGAUUCAAUUGUUAAAAUAGAGGUGUUGGGAAAAUCCAAGUUGGUUAAGAACCAUAUUGAAGAUAUUAAACAUGGAGUAUAUGACAAAGAUGUCGAAGAUACAAACAAUUUCAUUAAUAUGGAUGAUGAUGUCAAUUCGAUUUCAUCAUCUAAAUCUCCAUUAAAAAAUAAUAAUAAUAAUAAUAGUAAAACUAAUAGUGUAAAUAUCAACAAUAAUAAUAUUGGUAAAUUUAAUAAUAUUGUAACAACCACAACCACAAAACCAUCUUAUCAAAACCCAUUCUCCUUCUUUAACAAUUCUUCAUCAGUGUCAUCACAAACAAUAAAUACUUCUUUUACUACUACUGCAAUAAAAACUACAACCUCUAAAACUAUUUCCAGACCUUUAUUAAAAGUUUCUCUUCCUACCAGACCAACUAUUAAAAAAUAA